CAGGGUCCCAGAGAUCCAGUCGGACGAAUCCAAGAGACACCAGCGGGAGACGCCUCGGCGGGAGGGAGCACGAAACGGGCCACCCUCGAGCCCGUGGAGUCGCCGAAACCCGCCGCUGUUGACCAAUCGGGAACGAGCAGAGCCGUCUUCUGGCGAUUGCUCCACCCUCCGAGCCUGCGUUUCCCCUCCGUCUCCUGCUAAUGGUCGCGUCCGUGGCCUGGAAACCUUUUGUGGGGAAGCGCCACUUUGUCGGAAAGGGUCCGGAUUCUUUUGAAAGGAAAGUGGCAGAGCUGCUGUAGUUUUGAAAGGGCCUUCAGCAAAGUCCUCUGCAGUGGGUCCCAGCCUGCAUUGUUACACUUCUGGCCAGGGCUUAUCUUGCAGCGACAACACACAACAUGGCCAAGGCAAGGAUUGCAGUCAUUGGUGCAGGGCUCAUUGGCCUCUCUACUGCUGUUUGCAUUUCGGAAUCUGUCUCAGACUGCAGCGUGACUCUCAUUGCUGACAGGUUUACACCCAAUACAACAAGUGAUGUAGCUGCUGGGAUGCUCAUUCCUCAUAUUUACCCAGACACACCGGUUCAUCAACAGAAGCAGUGGUUUAAGGAGACCUUUGACUACCUAUCAGUAAUCUGUAAUUCCUCAGAAGCUUCAGAGGCUGGGAUUCAUUUGGUCUCUGGCUGGCAGAUCUUUAAAGCCAUUCCUGAAGAGAAGCCUCCAUUCUGGUCUGAUGUGGUUCUGGGGUUUCGCUCGAUGACUGAACAGGAAAUGAAGAAAUUUCCACAGCACAAAUGUGGUCAUGCCUUUACUACACUGAAGUGUGACUGCCCACCCUAUUUGCUUUGGCUGGAGAAAAGGCUGAAAAGAAAUGGGGGCCAGGUGCAUGCUAGAAAAAUCGAAGACCUAUGGGAGCUGCGGAGUGACUAUGACAUCAUAGUGAAUUGCUCCGGCAUUGGCUCCAGGAAGCUCGUGGGUGACCUUGAGAUACACCCCGUCAGAGGUCAGGUUCUCAAGGCCAAGGCCCCUUGGGUAACACAUUUCAUUCGGGACGGCGAUGGACUAACCUACAUCUACCCAGGGAUACACAACAUAACGUUAGGUGGGACACGGCAAAAAGGCAACUGGAAGCUCUCUCCAGAUCCCAGUACCAGCAAAGAUAUAUUUGGCCGAUGUUGUGCUCUUGAGCCAUCCCUUCAGGCAGCUCAGGAUAUAAAGGUGAGGGUGGGCCUGAGGCCAUCCAGGUCAGCCGUGAGAGUCCAGAAAGAGAUACUGGUUCGAGGCAGUGGAAAGCUUCUGGUGGUGCACAAUUACGGACAUGGGAGCGGUGGAUUUUCUGUGCACCAGGGUACAGCUAAGGAAGCAACCCAGCUGGUUAAAGAGUGCAUUGCAGCCCUUGAAAUGUCAAGGCAUAAGGCAAAACUGUAGCCUGUAAGGUGAACAUUCAU